UCCUCCUGUUGUCUCCUCUGCCAUUCUGUCCACUUCUCCCAUCCGGUCUGCUUAAGUGUUGGUGACGCUGCUGAGGGACGCUGCAACCAUGGCUGCUACUGGAUCUUUCCGAAUGGUGUCAGAGGAGGAGCAGGCCAUGCGGUCCAAGCUGGAGCAUUUGACAGUGAAGGACCACGGGCCGGUGUUUGGGGUGUGCCACAAACUGCCUGGUCACACUGUGCAAAAGGCAAAGGAUGAGCUGAAUGAGACAGAUGAGAGGCGGGCGUCAUCGCUGAAGGACCUGCGGACCAUGAUGAAGGAGAGGGCAGCGGAGGGAGACGACCUGGGAAAACUGGUGCUGGAGCGCUUUGGGGACAAACCAGACUCUCUGCUGCUGCGUUUCCUCAGGGCCCGCAAGUUUGACGUUGGCAGAGCCCACGAGCUCAUGAAAGGUUAUGUGCGCUUCAGGAAGGAGUAUCCCGAGCUGUUUGAGAACCUGACCCCUGAGGCGGUCCGCAGCACCAUUGAGGCGGGCUACCCUGUGGUUCUGCCCAGCAGAGACAAAUAUGGCCGUGUGGUCCUGCUCUUCAAUAUCGAGAACUGGGACCUGGAGGAGAUCACAUUUGAUGAGAUCUUGAGAGCAUACUGUGUGAUCCUGGAGAAGCUGCUUGAGAAUGAAGAGACCCAGAUCAAUGGCUUUGUCCUGAUUGAGAACUUCAAGGGCUUCACCAUGCAGCACGCCUCGGGAAUUAAGCCGGCCGAGCUCAAGAAGAUGGUGGACAUGCUGCAGGACUCCUUCCCGGCCCGCUUCAAGGCAGUCCAUGUUACUCACCAGCCCUGGUACUUCACCACCACAUACAACGUGGUCAAACCCUUCAUGAAGAGCAAACUGCUGGAGAGGGUCUUUGUUCACGGUGACGAGCUGGAUAGCUACAUCAAAGAAUUUGAUGCGGACAUCCUGCCGGCAGACUUUGACGGGAAAGCCUCUGUUGCCGACUACCAGGCCAUCGCCACCAAGAUUUUUGGCUCUGAAGACACUGCCCUCUGAGAGAACAAUCCUCCCCAUUUCAAACCCCAAGAGUUAUAUAGUGUCCUUCACCCUAGAUGCUUCUUUUGUGAUCAGAUCAGAUAUGUGAUCUAUUUCGAAGCUAGGUUGAUAUUUUUUUUAUUAUUAUUCAGGCAGCUCCUAAGAACAAAAAGAAGUAUCUAGAGUUAGGAGCAGGGGAUGGUUUACAAAUGAGUAACAUACGGUGAUAGAAAUGGGAAUGAAAAAGGAUGUUUAGAUGUUACAGAGAGAAUAACUGAUGGUUAAUGUUUGUGAUUUUAUAGUUCUGAUGAGUUCGGCUCCUCUUCUGAUUGCAUUCCUUGUUACUGUACAAGCUGGGGGAGGACAACAACAGAGAGUUGAGCCGAGUUUGGUUUGGUGUUCUUUGCCUUAAAAAAAUGGAUUUCACAACAUACAGAACAGCUUUGUGCCUAUAGUCCUGUCAGAUGAAGGAAUACAGAAGUGUAUUACAGUCUCAAGUGUGAGAUGGUAUGAAGAGGGAAAACUGAUAAUGGAUAUGCCUGCAUUGUAUUGGGGGGUCAAGGGGGGGUUCCUGAUGCAGUGCCAUGGAAACAGUUCUUUGUUGUCAACAGCCUUGUUUUGUGUUGUUACACUCAGAUGCCUGACGAACCACAAGUGAUCAACUUGUGCAUUGGAUUGGGAAAAUUUCAAUAAAAUAGAUUUUUUUUGUGUGUGUCUAGUUUUA